CAGGAGUUUGGGCGGGCGGGGGGAAACAGCGAGGCCAGACCUUGCUGGGCUUGGAGCAGAGGAGGUGUUAGGAGGCAGACGGCUGAUGGGUGAAGCCCUACUGGCCUGAGGAGAUCACUGCACAAAUACCUUGUCUGAUGGAAGUGGAUGUGGCAGGGAAGGAAAGAGGAGAACCGUGAAAAAGAGAGACCAUCUUAUUCUCAUCACUCACUCAAUUCUCAAGUCUUCUCUCCAGAAGUUGUGAUGAAUUGCUGACCACGUUGAUAGUGUCGCAAUGGAAGAGGCAAGUGCCUGGUCUUCACACACUAUCCAUGCAUCCAAGAACACUGGCACAGAAUCAGAGAUUCAAUACUACUUUGAAAGAAUAGUGCCAAUAGUCUCUCUUCCAAUCUGCAUAAUGGGAUUGAUUGGGAAUGGAAUGGUCUUGUGGCUUCUCUACAGCAGGAUCCAGAGAACAAAAUUCACUGUGUAUUUCCUAAAUUUGGCAGCUGCUGAUCUUAUUAUACUUUUCUUCUAUGUUACCGUUUUUAUUUUAUUUUUCAGACCAGUUCCUAUCGGUCUUAGCCUUUUGCUUAAAAUGGAGACUAUGCAUGCAUUUGGAUUCAACACCAGCUUGUAUCUGCUAACAGCUAUUAGUGCUGAAAGGUAUCUCGCUAUCUUUUGUCCAGUCUGGUACGAACGUCACCGGCCAUUGCAUUUCACAGUCUUUUUAUGUAUUGUUUUGUGGAUCUUGUCUGCUGUAGUGACACUGGUGGUAUAUCUUGCCUGCCACCUGCACUUUAAUUUAUCACACAGUGAAGUCAUGUUCAGUUGUGAGCCUGCAAGAAUAUUCCAACUGGUCGUAAAUUUACUGAUUUUUGGUCCUAUCCUGAUAUUGACGUCUUUGGCCCUUUUUUCCAGAAUACGGAAAACAUCUCCUUCAGCCAAGAUUGACAUCACCAUUGUGGUCUCAGUCCUGCUGUUUCUUGUACUGUCUGCUUCAUCAAGAGUUACUGAGAUCUUAGCCUAUUGGGUUCCAAGUUUGCAUGUCCCAAUGCUGUUUAUAGCUUUUCAUAUGCUUGAUUGCAUCCACAGCAGUGGCAAUCCUUUUCUAUACCUCUAUAUUGGAUAUUCAAAGAAGUCGGUGGCUGCUGAACCCAUCCCUAUGUAUCUCGAGAGAGCUUUCAUGGAGGAAGCAAAUACAUACGAAGCACAGGAAGCAAAUACAUACGAAGCACAGGAAGAAAAUACAUAUGACGCGGAGGAAGCAAAUACAUACGAAGCACAGGAAGCAAAUACACACAAAGCACCAAAAGCAAAUACAUACAAAGCACAUAAAGCAAAUAAACACAAAGCACCAAAAGCAAAUACAUACAAAGCACAUAAAGCAAAUAAACAAAAAGCACCAAAAGCAAAAACAUACGAAGCACAGGAAGCAAAUCCAUAUGAAGCACAGGAAGCAAAUCCAUACGAAGCACAGGAAGCAAAUCCAUACGAAGCACAGGCAUACGAUGCACAGGAACCAGAAGAAGGUUGAAAGGAAUCAUUAUUCAUAUGGGGAAACUGAUUAGCAUUCACAGCUUUAGAAUAAAUAUUUAGUUACUUACUUGCUACUACUAUUUAUAUACUUACUAUGUAUUAUUUCUGUACUAUAUAAAACAUUACUACUGUUGAUUA